AUGUCAGCAUCGAUCAACUACGAUUUCAUUCUCACACUCUCGUCAAUCAAACGAAAUUUAUUCUCAAUUGGCGGUCCAGUUUUAGUCAUCUUGGGCACAAUCGGCAGCAUUCUAAGCUUCAGCAUAUUUAUUCAAAAACAUUUACGAAAGAAUCCAUGUUCAAUUUACUUCAUGGCAUACAACAUCGCAAGUAUCGGCGUUAUAUACGGAGGAUUACUUCCACCCGUACUGGAACUUGGUUAUGGUAUCGAUUAUUCUAUUUACAAUCUUGAUAUAUGCCGUUUACGGCUAUAUGCGGCAGUUUCACUCGGUUGCAUAUGUCCAUCGUAUCUCAUUCUAGCGUCAAUUGAUCGCGUUUUCAUUACGUCGCCUAAAGUUCACAUGCGAAGACUCAGUAGCCGCCGUUAUGCGGCUAUAUUUAUAAUCACUGGAACAUUGCUUUGGUUAUUAUUUUCAAUUCCUAUCGGCGUGUUUGCUGCUAUCUUGAAUCCGUUACCGAACUAUUUAAUUUGUCUUACGCAAGCAAAUACUUAUACAAAUAUAAUUAGUUAUGGAUCAUUGACUAAAGAAAUAUUGGUGCCAUCAAUGAUGGUUUUCUUCGGUUUAUGGGCAGUGAAAAAUAUCCAUCGCAUGAAACUCGUACGAGUUGCACCCACUGGCUCACUUCAGACAACCCAGCGCAAGACUGGCACACCUAUGAUUCAAGCAAAGGAUCGUCAGCUUGUUGUUCUGAUGCUUAUAAAUAUCAUUAUUUAUGUUCCCUUCAGUUGUGUUUUACCAGUCGUACUUCUUUAUACACAACUAACAGCACGUCAGCCGAAAAGUAUAGAAACACUGCAGUCGCAGGAGUUUCUCUUUCGUGUGGCAACUUAUUGCGUAUAUGUUCCAUACUGUAUAAAUUCUUAUGCACACUUAUUUAUGUCGAAAACGUUCCGCAAGGAAUUGAAGGAUAUUAUCUUGAGUGGACGAUUGUUUCGAUGUUGUGCAUAA